AUGGACUACGAAAAAACGGUCGAAGCGAUGGAUACGCAGGAUGACAAUGAAAUCGAUUCGCCCAACAUUCAGAACCUCACUAACGCAGUGGCUCCUCCAACAGCUGCUGCCAACGGUGGUGGUGGAAACGCUGAGGGCGGCGGGGAAGCGAUGGCGCUGGACGAUCAGGAUUACAUGAACGACGAGGUGCGAUCAGAGGCGACGUUCAGCUUUCAGAUCACCAAGUUCAGCAGGCUCAACGAAUCGGUACUCUCACCGCCGUAUUACGUGCGCAACCUGCCUUGGAAAAUUCUGGCUAUGCCACGCUCGAACGAUAACGCCGUCUCAGCCGGCAAAGGACUCGGCUUCUUCCUGCAGUGCAACGGUGAGAGCUCGAGCAACAACUGGAACUGUUCAGCAUCGGCAGAGCUGCGACUGUUGAAGGUUAACCCCCAUGCGGAACCGUUCAUAAGGCGAAUUCGGCACACGUUUUGCAUGCAAGAGAACGAUUGGGGCUUCUCAUCGUUCAUGAAUUGGCAGGAGAUUAUUGACCCGGCAAACGGGUUUAUAGAAAACGACACAAUCACUCUCGAGGUGUUCGUAAAUGCUGAACCACCGCGAGGCAUCUUUUGGGACUCGAAAAAGCACACCGGUUACGUCGGUCUGAAAAACCAGGGUGCCACGUGCUACAUGAAUUCGCUCCUUCAAACGCUCUAUUUUACGAACCAACUGCGGAAAGCGGUAUACAAGAUGCCCACCGAAGCAGACGAUGACUGUAAGUCGGUGGCCCUCGCGCUGCAACGCGUGUUCCACGAUUUGCAGACGCAGAACAAACCGGUCGGCACAAAGAAGCUGACGAAAAGCUUUGGCUGGGAUGCGCUCGAUUCGUUUAUGCAGCACGACGUGCAGGAGUUUCUGCGCGUGCUCCUCGAUAAGCUAGAGAAUAAAAUGAAGGGCACCAGCCUGGAAGGCACGAUCCCGAAGCUAUUCGAGGGCAAAAUGAUAUCGUAUAUCAAAUGCCAGAACGUGGAUUAUACGAGCCGUCGCACGGAGACGUUCUACGACAUUCAGCUUAACAUUAAGGGCAAGAAAAACAUCCAAGAGUCGUUUAAGGAUUACAUCGCGACCGAAAUUCUGGACGAUGACAACAAGUACGACGCUGGCGAGCACGGAUUGCAGAAGGCAGAAAAGGGCAUCGUUUUCAGCAAAUUCCCACCGGUGCUUCAUCUGCAUCUAAUGCGCUUCCAGUACGAUCCGAUUUCUGACAAUUCGGUUAAGUUCAACGAUCGUUUCGAGUUCGACGAGAAGAUCUACCUGGAUCAGUUCCUUGAGUCGAAAGAAGAAACACCAGCCACGUACAUUCUGCACGCGGUUCUGGUGCACUCCGGCGACAACCACGGGGGACACUACGUGGUGUACAUCAAUCCCAAGAACGACGCCAAGUGGUGCAAGUUCGACGACGACGUAGUGUGUCGCUGCACUGGCAACGAAGCGAUUGAGCAAAAUUAUGGUGGACACGAUAACGAGCUGAAUCUGCGGCACAGUAGCAACGCCUACAUGCUGGUGUACGUACGCGAAUCCGUCGUCCAUCAGGUGCUGGAGGAGGUGAAGGAAAGCGACAUCCCGGAGGAGUUAUUGGAACGGCUGAACGAGCAACGGCGUAUCCAGCAGGUUCGCCGUACGGAACGCACCGAAGCGUCUAAUUUCGUGAACCUCAACAUCCUGCUAGCGGAUUACAUGGAGGUGCACCAAAAGUCGGACUUAUUUGAUGCGACAACCGCCGCGUACCGCUCACUGAAGGUGCGCAAAACGAUGGACCUUGCGACCGUGGUUGUGCAAGUUGGGCGGGCGUUCAAAGUCGAACCGGGUCAGUACCGGCUGUGGGAGGUUAAGAAACCCUCCAACCAGAAACCCCACAAGUUCGAAUACAUCGAUCCGACGUCGACGGAGACGUGCAGCAAGUACGCCUUGCCAGAGACAAAGCACUCGUGCACGAUCUUCCUGGAGUUACCGCUGCCGGGCCGGAACGAACUCGAGCCUCCCAAGAUCACGUUCGAGGAUACGCUACUGUUUUUCAAAUUCUACGACCCCGUGGAAAAACGUUUGAACUACUGUGGCCACGGGCUCUACAAGCCGUCGACCACAGUGGCUGAGCUAGUGAGGGAAUUGAACAAACGCGCCUAUUUCGAAUCGGAUACCGAAUUACAGCUAUACGAGGUGGUGGACAUCAAUAAGGCUCUGAAAAUUACCGACCAGUUCCAGACGUUGCAGACGGUCCUGUCACUGUUAGGUCACGGUACGAUUAUCGUGUUCGAGAAAAUGCACCCUCCGCAGGAGAACCUCGAGUUUCCUACCUGUGAGGCGUACUUCAAGGAUCUAUUCUGCCGCAUCGAAGUCGUCUUUCUCGACACCCUCAUCCCGAACGAUACCGGCUUUACGCUCGAUCUCUCGUCUGAGUCAACGUACGAUCAGAUCGCGAAAGCGGUAGGCCGUCGCAUCAACGUAAACCCGUACGAGAUACAGUUUUUCAAGAGUAAAAAUUACAGUGACCUGCCAGGGCAGCCGUUGUCGCACAGCUUCGGCGGUUCGCUGCGGGAUGUGCUGCAGUAUAGCAAGACCAAGACGAUACGUAAACUGUUCUAUCAAAAACUCUCGAUCAAUAUCAAUGAGCUAGAGAACAAGAAGCAGUUCCGUUGUCUCUACCUAAUGCCGAACCUGAAGGAGGAGAAGGAGCUAAUUCUGUACCCAAACAAGAACGGCACCGUGCGCGACCUGCUCGAGGAGGCGCGGAAGGUGAUCGAGUUCGCGGAGGCUAGCACGAAGCAGUUACGGAUUUCGGAGCUUUCGAAAAAUCGGCUAUCACCCGGACCGGCUGAUGACACACCGCUCGACCAGCUGCACGACUACACGGAGAACCCGUUCGUGCAAAAGUCGAGCAUUGGUAGUCAAAUUAUGUACCGCAUCGAGGAGGUUGCCGAGGACGAAGUGACACUCGGUGAGAACGAGAUGCUUGUGCCCGUGCUACACUUCACCAAGGACAUUUCGAGCGUUUUCGGCAUCCCGUUCUUCAUUCGCACCGUGCAAGACGAAACGUUUGCCUCUCUCAAGGAACGCAUGAAAAAGAAGCUGGCGGUUUCGGAUAAAGAGUGGGAAAAGUACCGGCUAGCGAUCAUCACCGAGCACAUCGACUACAUCGACGACGAAAUGAUACUGAUAAAGCUCGAAACGUUCCGCGGCGACCCGAGCGAUCCGCACUCGCGCACCUACCUCGGGUUGGAGCACAUCAACAAAAACACCAAACGUAGCAGGUUUAACUACAUGGAGAAGGCGAUCAAGAUUUACAAUUAAAAGUAGCAUGAAUUG